UUGAGGUUAACCGAUUCAGUAAAGUAGAAUUACUUGUAUACAUGUAUAUAUGUAUAUAAACAUGCUUAUAGACACAUUCCCUAUAUUUUGAAGGAAUAAGUUUUAUUUUACAAAAAAAUUAUGGUUGAUAAAAAUCGUAUUAUUCUCUUAUUCACUCUAAUUUUAUGGUGGAAAUUCGAUUCUGUAACAGGUUAUUGUAAAAUCGAAGGUGAAACCUGUACAAAGACAAUAUUUGCACCAUGUUGUCAAAAUUCUACAUGUCAUUUAAGUGGAUUAUUUAAAGGAAUUUGUGUAAAAUGUCUACCUGAAAAAAGUGCAUGCCUAUUCAAUAGUGAAUGUUGUACAGGAAAAUGUAAUUGGUUCAGGUGUAUUCAUCUACAAGUCACUUGAGAGUAAAUUCACUUUCUAAUUGUUGAAUACUAAAUUUUUAUACAUUAUAUCGAUUUGUUAACAAUAAAAAUUCAUAUAUUUUCAAUGCUAAAAUUA